UUUCUGGUCCCCCACAAGGCGGUCUGACUGGGUUUCCCGGGGUUGCGUGACAAGGCUCACUGUAUCUGUGAAUUCCCAUGUCCCAAAUGGUAAAUAAGCCAGUCAUCUCCACUCUGAUGUUUAAAAUACCUGUAAAAGGCAAAAGGUGCUCUAUUUAACAGGUGCUUGCAAGGUCUAACUGCUUCUCUUUCACGCCCUUCUUAGCUCCAGGCCACAGACAGCAUCCACGUAGGCAGCCGUGGACCCGGCUAGGGCUCCCGAGGAAGGACGGUUCUCCCAGCCAUCCCAGUGCCCUCGAGAUCCGAGACAGCCCGGAGGAAGAUGCAGCCGGCAGACGGAACGCGGCAGCCACCCAAGCGCUGAGUCCCGCCUGUCCCGCCGCCCAGACUCCCUCCGCCAUGGCCUGUAACGGCACGUCCUUGGAGACCCACCGGUACGCGCUGCUGAACGCGAGCCUCGGGGUGGACCCCGGGGCGCCCACGCCGCCCGCCCCGCUCAGGAUGUCCCUGGCCGUCAUCAUGGCUCUGAUGGUCGUGGUGGGCUUCCUGGGCAACGCGGUGGUCUGCGUCAUCGUGUACCAGCGGCCGGCCAUGCGCUCCGCCAUCAACCUGCUGCUGGCCACGCUGGCUUUCUCCGACAUCAUGCUGUCCGUGUGCUGCAUGCCCUUUACCGCCGUCACCCUCAUCACCGUCCGCUGGCGCUUCGGGGAUCACUUCUGCCGGCUCUCGGCCGCGCUCUACUGGUUCUUCGUCCUGGAGGGCGUGGCCGUCCUGCUGAUCAUCAGCGUGGACCACUCGGUCUACAGCCUGCUGUCCGUGUUCAGCCGCGGCUUCUACUGCGGCCCCUCGUUCUACGCCACCAGCUCCUGCGUCCUGUGGCUCAGCUACCUCAAGUCCGUCUUCAACCCCAUCGUCUACUGCUGGAGGAUCAAAAAGUUCCGCGAGGCCUGCCUGGAGCUGCUGCCGCAGACCUUCCAGAUCCUCCCCAAAGUGCCUGAGCGGAUCCGGAGGAAAAUCCAGCCGAGCACGGUGUACGUGUGCGCCGAAAACCAGUCUGCGGUGUAGGGCGCGGGCGGGAGGGGCGGGAGGGGCGGGGAGGUGCCCGCACGCCCCCUGCUGCGCUACCAGGACCUCCGGAGGCGGCGGCGGCACUUUAUCCAGGCUUCUUAAGCACAAAGGGACUCGUUUGUUACCAGGUGACCUGCGGCUCCCAAGUUUGCAAGGCAGGUUGUCCUUGUUUCUCGCUGCAGAAGGGCAGUGUCUGAUGGAAACUGGAUGGCACUCGAGACAAAAGGGGAAAUAGGGUGGUGAUGGAGGAUUUGAGCAGAAGGUUAGGGAGGAGAGGGAGCAGGGAGAGAGGGGGGCUGAGGUGGGGCAGGAGGAAGGCUCUGUCUCUUCCCACCACUGGCCAUAUUCCGAGGUGGGAAACCCGUAGGUUCAUCUCGUGGGUGGCUGUUCCCUGCACUGGGCUCCAGCAUUUGGAGGCAUUGUUUGAGGCGUGCGUUGUGGGCACAGGCAGAGUUCUUUCUGUUGGUCAGAUGUGCGUUUCUGAUGAUGCCAAAGUGGCACUGGGAAGCAGAGGGGCCCCUGUGCUAUUCAGCUCCCUGUGUGACACGUGGGAGGCCUUGAUGGCUGGAAGCCCAGAGAAUGUUCUGGGUCAGCUCAGCUGAAACAGAAGCCCCAGCCCGCGCCAGCCCGCGCCAGCCCGUGCUCAUCGGGACCCUCCUCCCGGGCUGCACCCACCUGGCCCCUCCCCUGAAGCCUAGCACGUCACUAGCUGCUAUGACACCCCCGCCCCUUCUCUCCUUCCCACCACUGGUCCCCCGUCCCCCUUUUCCUCUUUCCACCUGUCCCCGUGGGUGGGAACCACACUCCUCCUUCUGUGAUACAUCUUUUCAGGACUUGCUUUCAGUCUCAGAAGUGGUUGGGGGCUCUGUUUACACGUUUCCCACAAUGCCCUGAGGCCGGGGUCUUAGCGAGCUGCACCGUCCCUCCCUCCAGCAUGGGACCUGCCUCGCAGCGGGGGCAGAACAGACCCCCACCGCUGGGCUGCCCGCACUGACCUCUGUGUUCCUACCUCACUCAGGUCCAAGGGAGUCUGAGCACUGCUCUCUGGGCUGCCUCCUGGGACCUCGGUCCCCCAGCCCAGGCAGGACUGGGACCCUGGGAGGGAAGCAGCCUCGAGGACACCCAGCCUGUGUCCAGGGCCACCAUAAAGCUUCCAGGGCUGGGCAUGACUCUCCUGAGUUCAGGGCACGUGGCUGAGUCCACGGAGCUCUCUUCACAGUUUCUGAUAUGAAGAGUGAGAAAUUUAAGGAGAUAUAGAAAAUCUGAUUCUAAGACUAAACUCUAUCAGGAACCAGUCAGGGACCUUGCUCGUGCCACCCCACUUCUCUGGGCCUCAGUUUCCCCAUUUGCCAAGUGAGGACGCAGGUCUGGAUGGUGUCCGAUGUCCCUGCCGUCUCUCAGACACUCUGAUGCUAAAUUGCGAAUGCCUUGCAGUCACCAAAUCUCCCGUUUCCAUUUGUUUAUCCGCAAGAUGAGCAUUUAGUAAGUGCCUGUGUGGUGCAGGGCGCUGGGGGGCAAGGGGGAAGGAUGAGGCAUGGCUGUGCCCAAGGGCUGGUGUCUGACUGUCUCCGAGUAAUCAGAACUCAGAGCCCAGAAGCCCCCGGCAUUUCUCCUCUCAUUUCCAAGGUAGUAUUAAGAGGCCAGCUCCUCAUUCUCCUCCAGUGCCAGAGGCAGGAAAGAAACAUAAUAUCAUUUACGUUCAUCUAAGCCCAGAGAAGGGCUUCUCCAGAAAAUAACUGGCACCAUUUCUCACCACCUUCACCCUCCUUUUAUGCCCAGACCCAGACACCCCGGACCCUUAUAUACCCGGGGCAGCAUAUACUUCCAUAAGCCGGGGCAGACUGAGGAGGACCGGCCUGUGAUUGAUGGAGGCGGGUCCCGCUCGUCCUUUGUCCUGGGGGCCCCCAGCAAGGCCAGGGUUUGCCUUCACUUCCCCCGAGGCAGAGCUGCACCGCCUCGGUGGUGUCCAAGAGCACAGCCGGGCCACCAAGGGGGCGGGCCUCUGGGCGCCUCCCCUCCCGUGGGCAUUUAAGACAAUGUUCUUUGGGAGCCUGAGUGGAAGAGAAAUCACAAAGCUGAACGAAUGAAGGUACCAAAAAUUACAUCAAUCAGUGUUUCUAUGAUGUCUGUUGGACAGUAAUAUAUAUGUUUCAAAGUAAUAAUUUUGUACAUAUUUUAAAUAAA